GUAGAUCCACCUUUAAAUCUUGCAAAAGUUUGACCUCGCCCUACGGCUAGAAGAAAGGCGAAAACUGUAGAUUGCUACAACUUUCAUACUCUUAGCAGAGUUAGUUAUACAGUUGGAGGACACAGGCCUCAUUUAUAGUAAUAAGGUGACAAAAUGAGUGGGCGUUACUUACUCGGUUUAACAAUUUUGCUAAUUACAACCUUUUGUCUUGCUGAUCGUAAUUUUACAUGUUCAACGACCUCAGUAUGCGCUUAUGAGACGAUCACAUGCAGCUGUACACUUGAUAGUGAUGCAGACUAUGUUGUGUGGUCUGUAAGAGAUGGUGGUAACAUGACAGUUGGUUCUUCUGUCAGGCUUGAUUCAACCAAUUCCAUGAAUACCUCAUGGAUUAAUAUGGGAAACUUCACAUUCUCUUACUUUGAUGAUUAUAGCUUGGCAACCAUAAGGUUGUCUCCACAGAACAACAAUUACAGAAUCGUCUGUUCCCUUCCUGAAGAGAAUAGUACUCUUGAAGUGCCUUUGUAUUCCAAUGCUUUUAACGUCACACCUAUUCAGUCGCUACAAAACCUUACGCUGGAAUUCGAAAAUGUCUCCAGGAGUUAUGUGACUGUUAACUGGACUGAAUUUGAUGACUACUGCUCAAAUGGCUACAAUGUCAACAUCUCAAGAGAUAAUGGUCCACCAAUGACAGACUACAAAGAAGAGUCCUAUUUCAAGCUGGAAAAUGCAAGCAGCUCAGUUCUGUAUACUUUCAGAGUUAUGCCUGUUGCUGGCUUUGCGAGUGAGAAGUUACUAAAUGACCUUGCAACAAUGCCCCAGAGCAUCAGGCUUGAUGUCCCUCUACCUGUUACUAAUGUGAGGGCACUCCACAUGCCAAUAGCAAUGAAUGCACAAGAUGGAACACGGGUCAAUGUCACUGUCAGAUGGGAUGCAAUGAGUGCAUAUCGUCCAAGGACUAUGUAUUAUUACAUUACACACAAUGCCACGCGUCAUCUUGACAGGAUGGAAAGUGGAAUGGGUAGUGGAAGUGGAAGCAUGUCUGAUGAUGAUGAUAUGUCUCCAUCAGUCUUUGUUACACGACGUAGAAUGGCUAGAAUGAUGGGCAACUUUCAACGAUUGCUUGGAGCUGUUGUUGGAGAGACAUAUACAGUGAGCAUCAUUGGUGAAAAUGACAUUGGAAAUAGCACAGCAACCAGUUUGACCUUCACAUUGACAUACAUGCCACCUCAACCAACAUCAACAACCUCUGUAGGAAUGACAUCUACACCAACCAGUACACCCCCAAUGCCUUCUACAUCACCAACAAUGGAUGAUGAUGAUGAAUCUUUGCCUACAUGGGCUAUUGCAGUCAUUGCUGUUGGAGGUGGAAUACUUCUUGCUGUUAUUAUAGCAGUUCUCGUUCUUGUUAUUUGCUGUUGUUGUUGUGCUGCUGCUGCUGCAAAGAGAAACGAAGAGCACGAAAUGACGGAAGGUACGAAACUCUAGUCUGUCAGUAUCAACUGUCUAGAAUUUUUAACUAAUUAAUUCUACAACUAAUAUUACUUAUGUAUCUGACGUAAAUAAGUCUGUGUAAACAAAAAAACUUUAUUAUUAUUCUGCUGUUAGUGUCCUUCUACAUACUAUACUGUAGCUUCCCUUUGUGUCUGUAUUUCUUUCUAUAUGUUCCUUAGUUGCUUCUUGUUUUAAAGAAAAAGUUAUAAUACUU